AUGGCUCCAAAGGUUCAACAAACUAAAGCUGCUAAGGCCGCUGCCGCUUUGGCCGGUGGUAAGAAGGGUAAGAAGAAGUGGAACAAGGGUAAGGUUAAGGACAAGGCCCAACACGCUAUCACCCUCGACCAAGAAAAAUACGACAGAAUCUUGAAGGACGUCCCAGGUUACAAGUUCGUCUCUGUUUCCGUCUUAGUUGACAGAUUGAAGAUCGGUGGUUCCCUUGCUAGAGUUGCUUUGAGACAAUUGGAAGAAGAUGGUAUCAUCACCCCAAUCUUGAAACACUCCAAGCAGUCUAUCUACACCCGUGCUUAA